GGUGGGCAGAGUGAGCUAACCACUCCGCUUCGAUGCAAAAAAGCGGGUUGCGCAAGGCAGAGGAGACUUGGCGCAAGCCCUGGACGAGCGCUGCGGUGCUGAGGGCUGGCUCACGCUGUGUGGCUCGAUGCGAGUGCGCUAGCGUCCAGUAAGACACUAGCAAGCCCAGCAAGCCCAGCCGGCGCCAGAGCUGUAGCUGCAGCCAACAUGGCUAAUUUGCGCAUGCAACGAUGGCUUAUCGCCUUAUCUAUCAUCACCAGUGCGCACGGCUACGCCCCACCACCACUGAGGCCAAGACCAGCACCACCCAGCCGACGCCUCACGCGAUACGCGGCGCCGACGCGCUCCAGCGACGCACAAAAGGCCGUUUCGACCCUCGCGUUUGUGACCGCGGCCUGGGGCACGCAGCACUCCGUCGCGAAGGCGGCGUUAGAUAGCGUCGGCGACGGCCACGCGCUCGAGCUGACCGCCGCCCGGUUCCUCGUCGCGGCUUUAGCGUUAGCCAACUUCCGCCCGAAAGAUGAAGAAACGUGGCGCUGGGGUUGCGAACUAGGCGUCUGGAGCUUUUUAGGCUUCGCGCUGCAGACUAUCGGCCUGGAAACGACGACAGCGACAAGGUCGGCCUUCCUCCUCUACCUCAACGUCAAGUUCGUACCUCUCUUAGAAUUGGUGAAUGGUAAAACACUACCGCGAGGUACGUGGUUGAGCGCCUUCGCCGCGUUGAGCGGCACGCUGCUGCUCGCCGCCGACUCAGACGCGGUGGGCGGGGCCUGGGCGCCGGGCGAUUCUCUAUCAGUCCUCGCGGCGUUGGCCUCGGCGUGCUUCAUCAUUCGUUUGGAACCGGCGUCGCAAAAGGCGUCGUCGCCGGAAGGGCUUGCGUCGGCCACGGCGCUGGCUACGUCAGUACUGGCCUUUCUAGCUUUCUGGCAGACUGGGCGCUUUCAAUCAUCAGAACUCACCUUGCCGCCGUCAGAAGUGCUCGUCGCCGCGUUGUACCUCGGCCUCGUCCCGUCCGCAUUAUGUGGCUACCUGCAGACGAUCGCACAAAAGACCGUGCCUCCCUCGAGUGCCGCGGUCGUCUAUGCGACCGAUCCCUUGUGGGCGGCGUUCUUCGCCUACUUUGCGUUGCAUGAACGAUUGGGUCCCGCGGGCCUGUCCGGCGCGGCGCUCAUCGCCGCCGCGGCCUUCGGCCAGAAUCUGUUGUUGCGGGACUGCGACGUCGAGGAUUCCUGCGACGUUGAAUAA